UUCAUAUACAAAAACCCUUCCUUUCUCUUCAAUCCAUGUCCCAUGGCCUCCUCCUCCCUCUCCUUCUCCCCCUGCCCCUCCUUCCUUUCCCCAACCUCUCUCUCAUCUCCUUCUCCCUCUAAAUCCCUCCCCUUCUUCACCACUCCACGGAGCAUCGCCGUUUGCUGCUCAUCAUCAUCCUCACCUUUCACUGAAUGGAACUCUUUGGAGCGGCAUCAAAGGGAUCAAUGGGCGUGUGUUUCUUCUUCUUCUUCUCUUGUUUGUGAUAAGGCUAAUGAGAUUGCUCUCCAGCUGCCUGAGUUGAAGAGGUUGCUUGAUGUGCUUCGGGCUGGAAGGGAAAAUGGUGGCGGCGGUGGUCGUGGGCCGGGAAGUGUGGCGUUGGUCGGGACUGGCCCUGGUGAUCCGGAGCUGCUGACGGUGAAGGCUGUGCGUGCUAUUGAGCGUGCUGAUCUUGUGUUGUAUGAUAGAUUGGUGUCCAAUGCCGUGCUGGAUUUGGUCGGUCCGGCUGCACGGCUGCUCUAUGUCGGAAAGACUGCUGGGUAUCACAGCCGCACGCAGGAGGAGAUUCAUGAGCUGUUGCUCAGUUUUGCUAAGGCUGGUGCCAAUGUUGUGAGGCUAAAAGGAGGUGAUCCUUUGGUGUUUGGUAGAGGUGGUGAGGAGAUGGAUUUCUUACAACGGCAAGGAAUUCAUGUAAAUGUUAUUCCAGGAAUUACAGCUGCAUCUGGGAUCUCAGCAGAGCUGGGGAUUCCACUAACUCACCGAGGUGUUUCAAAUAGUGUUAGAUUUUUGACUGGUCAUUCAAGGAAUGGAGGAACUGAUCCCUUGUACGUGGCAGAGCAUGCCGCGGAUCCUGAUUCAACUUUGGUCAUAUACAUGGGUUUGUCGACACUUCCUGGUCUUGUUUCAAAACUGAUGAAUCACGGUUUACCACAUGAAACUCCUGCUGUUGCAGUUGAACGAGGAACCACCCCGCAGCAGCGAAUAGUCUUUGCAGAAUUAAAACAUCUAGUCAAUGAGGUUAAAUUAGCAGAGCUGGUAUCUCCAACCCUGAUAAUUAUCGGUGAGGUUGUGGCCUUAUCUCCAUUAUGGCCUUUGUCCUCGGAAAAAAGACUUGGAAUGUGCAAUGGAGCAGCCAUGCACUAGCCCAACUAGAUGAUAGCCAUAUUUCUAUUUUUAAAUUUGUUCUUCUCUGCUCACUCAAGCUACGGGUAUAAAAUAGAAGACUUUAGUCGAGACGAUUCAUAUAUGAAAGAGGCUGGCAAUAAGUUCUUUCAUAAUUGGCUAUUUGUUCUUUUGUUAGAGGUGUUGUAGAAAUGUCUGCAAUCGAAUAAAUUGCUCUACAAACGGAUCCGAUGGAACUGGAAAAUAGAAAGAUUUGUAUAAUUUAUGCGCUUCGUCGCCAUUUUGUUGCAAUUGGCUUGAACUCUGUAGCUUAAAUUGGUUGCUGUUUAUUUAUGAGCUGACCUUUCAUUUUGGUCAAGGAAUUCAUUAUCUUCGGAUUUAGAGAAAUGGGAAUGCACAAGCUGAGAGUUUGGAUUA